AGGCACUUUCUUGUGCAUAGUGAAAUGUGAGUCAUUUCCUAUAUCUUUGUUGCCUAUUUAACUUCCCAACCUAUUAUAGGGCUAUCGGGAUAUUCAUUAUGAUGAUUUUUAUCCCGGAAAUGGGAAGUAAUUCUGGCUGAUCGGUGCCUGUCUAAGAAAUCUUGAGCUGAGUCCUGUCCUCCACAACACCACCAGGAGCUGCUUGAGGCGAGAAAUCCGGAGUGAAGAGGGACUUGGGACUGACGGCUGUUUAUCGUAUCACCGUGGACAACCGAUCUAAUGACCACCAUAUCGAAACUUGCGCACCGUUACAUUGUCCUGGAGUGAAUCAUUAUCAUCAAGACUAUAAUGUGAGAGAGAUUUCGGACUCGGUGAUGUUUUGAGGUGUUAGUCUACACAACUGUCCGGGAAAGAUGGCGAGAGCUUCCAUUAGCGUGUCUAUAGCCGUGGUGUUUUUGGGAUUAGCGAUUUUUACUGUCAAACUUCCCUCGGUAAAAGGAGAGAUGAAAGAAGAACAGCAGGAGGAGAGGUCCUGUCAAGGUGCCUUCGAUUUAUACUUUGUCCUCGACAAAUCUGGCAGUGUGAAACACCACUGGAUAGAGAUCUACUCCUUCGUGGAGCAGCUGGCUGAGAAGUUCCUCAGCCCCAUGUUACGGAUGUCCUUCAUCGUCUUCUCCACUCGAGGAACCACCAUCAUGAAACUGACAGAGAGCAGGGAGUCCAUUAACAGAGGUCUAACCACUCUGAGGAGGGAGGCACCAGGAGGAGACACCUUUAUGAACCUUGGCCUGGAGAAGGCCAACGAACAGAUACACUAUGAGAACCAUGGGACAGCCAGUGUGAUCAUUGCACUGACUGAUGGAGAACUGAAUGAGUGGCAAUUUGCUACUGCACAACGAGAGGCACAGAGGGCACGGUCGCUUGGAGCCAUAGUUUACUGUGUGGGAGUCAAAGAGUUUAAUGAGACGCAGCUGGCUACCAUAGCAGACACCCUGGAGCAUGUAUUCCCUGUCUGGGGGGGUUUCCAAGCCCUCAGGAGCAUCAUCAACUCGAUCAUUAAGAAGUCCUGCAUUGAGAUUCUAGCUGCUGAACCGUCCAGUGUGUGUGCAGGAGAGUCGUUUCAGGUGGUAGUUCGAGGGAACGGUUUUCUCCACGCCAGAAACACUGACCAGGUCCUCUGUAGCUUCAAACUCAACGACACACACACUCUGGAUGAGAGGCCUGCUGGUGUAGAGGAAACCUUCCUGCUCUGUCCUGCUCCUGUUAUAAAGGAAGUAGGAAGGGUGAUCUAUCUCCAGGUCAGUAUGAAUGAAGGACUCUCCUACAUCACCAGUUCUGUUCACAUCACCACCAUCGAAUGUUUUGAUGGGACCCUCCUGCUGAUCUCAUUGCUAGUGCUGACACUUUUGUUGGGCUUGCUGUUCAUGUGGUGGUUCUGGCCCCUCUGCUGCACCUUGGUCAUUAAAGAGCCCCCACCACCUCCUCCCCCAGAGCCAGAGUCUGAUGAUGAAGAUGGUAUGCCCAAAAUGCGAUGGCCCACAGUGGACGCAUCCUACUAUGGAGGGAGAGGGGUGGGGGGCAUCAAACGCAUGGAGGUGCGGUGGGGGGAUAAAGGCUCUACAGAGGAAGGGGCUAAGCUAGACAAGCCUAAGAAUGCAGUGGUGAAGAUGCCUGAACAGGAGUAUGAAGCGUACCAACCCAAACCACGCACACCCAAGCCCUGGAAACCUCCUCAGGACAGAAGGUGGUACACACCUAUACAGGGGAAGUUGGAUGCUCUGCGGGCUCUGUGUCAUCGAGGAUAUGAUCAGGUGUCCCUGAUGAGACCUCAGCCCGGAGACAAGUAACACUGCCUUCUUACAAGGGAAUGACCUCAGCAGGUCAUCAAGGUAUUGUUUGUUCUUAAAAAAUUCUACAUUGCGCCAAAUUUGCUCGCACCCUGUGUUCCAUAACGUCAUAGAAAAUAUUAAUGUUGUUUCCAACUACCAAUCAACAACUGCAUAUUGAAAGUUGAGAUCAUAGUUAAGAUUGCCGAAAGCAGUGGUAAGGAGUGGAAUGUUAACUAAAGAUACUGGUACUCACUACUCAGGCAAGUCAUAACCUGCCUCUGGUGGGAAACAAACACAGCUCCAUUACAACCCUCAGCAUACCCAGCCUCUCAGUCCCUCUCUCACACACACCCACACACUUGUUUUUCUAUCCUCAUGGGGACCUAAAAUGUAUUUCCAUUCAAAAUCCUAUUUUCCCUUACCCCAAUUGUAACCCUAAACCUCGCCCCUAAACUAACCUUUGUCCUCGUGUGGAUGUGGGAAAUGUCCCCACGAAGGAGAAUUUCCCUGAAACCUAACCCUAGCUUUAGGGUUAACUCCUAAUUCUAAUUGUAAUCCUAGCCCCCUAAAGCCAAAAUAGCAUUUGUCCUCGUGGGAAAUGUCCCCACAAGGGAGAAUUUUCCUUGUUUUAUUAUCCUUGUGGUGACUUUUAUGUCCCUGCGAGGAUAGAACAAAACCCCACGCAUCGCGGCGUUUCAUGAGAGUGCGCUCUGAACUGACAGCUCUGCAUGUCACCUCACAUGACCUUAAAAGUAUCCACUCACACACACACUUCACAGGCAACUGUAUAAGAUCCCUCCAUCACACAACCAAGGAUCCACUUACACACGCUAUGCAUAUAGCGGAACAAGACCCUUAUUCUGCAGAUGUGAUAUCUCUAUUUGGCCAGAGGUUCCUGUGAGUUUGGUGGAGAGAGAAGAUGGGAGGUCCUGAUUUGCGUUGCCUAUUUAAUAAACAAGGCCCUCUCCUCCCUCUUUCCUACUUUUCCCUAUUUCCUCUCCUCUCUGCUGU